AUGGAUGAGCCUAUGGAUAUCGGUGAAGUCUUGCCGGACGAAAACAUUCCAUUUGCUAUCCAUAUCCAAGCGCCAGUCAACGAUGAAUUCGCUCCGGAUGAAGCAGAUGAUAACAACAAUGAUUUCCAAACAGCUACCGACAAUGACUUACUAGUUGAAGAUGUUUUUACGCAGGACGCACUGCUUAUUGGUGAACAGCCAGCUGAAGCUACCGGAAUCGAAGCGGAAUUAUCUCAGCAAAUUAUACCGCAUGAGAAUGCUCCCUGCCUCCGCAGGUGA